AUGAAUCGGACAUUAGAGUUCCGGUCUUCAGAUGCACCGGUUCCAAAGACGAGACGUUUAUCUUUACGAUCUAAGAGCAGUUUUGACUGUUCAUUUGAAUUAUGGGAUGAAAAUUAUUUCUCUGUGGAACGGAAGAUUUCUCAACUUGAAGGAGUUCAUUAUGCUGCAUUUAAUAUAAAUAAAGUAAAAAGAGAUAAUUCACCUGAACUAGUUAAUUUAAUUGAAGAUCAACAAGUAACUUGUUUAGAUGCAGAUAAUCCAGAUAAUUGGGUUGUACGUAUUCAUCCAGUUUUACAACAUGUUAAUAGUUUACAUAAACAAAUUAAAAAAGAUAAUACCCAAUCUGAUUCACAAAUUAUAGAUGAAAAAGAUUAUAUGAAUGAUUUGGUUGAAGUUAAUAUACCAAAUUCACAAGAAUUGCAAAGAACUAGUGAAGACAUUAGAAAAAUUGGCCGUGUUAAAGCUGUCUAUUUAACAAGAAAUUUAAAAAGUGCACAACGUGGUAAAAGAAAUCCAAGAGAAUCAUUCAGAGAAGAUGUUAUUAGUUUUUCAAAUAAACAACAAGAAUCUCGGAUGAAACUGAGGUAUACAUUAACUGAACUUUGUGAUACUGAACUUGAAUAUUCCAGAGCAUUGAGACAAUUAUCUGAUGUAUUAGAUUCAUUAAAUGGUAAAAUUAUAUUGAAUGGCCCAGAUAAUUCAGAGAAAAUUCUUGAUUAUCCUAAAUCAAUUCAUGAUAAUAUUAAAGGUCUUCAAUACACUUUGAAAAGAAUUAUUGAAUUUUGUGGUAUGUUCUUGGAAAAAUUGCCCUUAUACUCAUCUGAUCCAGGAAAAUCUGCUGAAUGUUUUACAAAAACUCCUUAUCGUUGGUAUGAUUAUACAAUAUUCUUUAUACAUUUAAAUUAUUUCAUAAAUGAUCUUUUACAAAUUACUACACAAAAUAUUGAAAUCUUAUUUAGUUUAUCUAAUACAAAUUCUAUAGAAACAUCAACAAUUUUAAUGAAUAAUUCAAUAGAUUGUUCAUCAUUUAAUCAAUUUAAUUCUAUUUCUAUAAGAAAUUUAUUAGAAUUUUUAAAUCUUCCAAGAAAACGUUUAAAUAUUUAUAAUGGAUUAUUAAAAGAUCUAAUAAGAUAUAUUACAAAUGAUCAUUCUUCAUCAUUGAAUAAUCUUGAAUUAGCUAUGAUUUAUAUAAAUAGAGCACAAAGAUGUUCAGAAGAAUUUAUACAUUUCUGGUUAAAAGUUGAUGUAAAUUUCAAUGAAUUAUUUAAUAUAAACAAUUUAAAUGAGAAUAGAUUAUUAUUAUUUGAUGAUUGUAUUCCACCGCCAAUUAUACGAAUAACGGAUAUUAAAAUUGGUCAACACAAAAAUAUUCAACUAGAUCAAAAUGAAAUGAAAAUGGAAAGAUUAAUUCUUUUACCUGAUCAUUUAUUAUCACUUAAAAAUGUCAAUGAAGAGAAUUCAGUUUAUUGUUGGAAGGUGACUAGAGUAAUUAAUCUUGAUGAACUUCGUGUUGGUGAAUAUGGCAACGAUGGAAAUGAUGAAACAUCAUUUGAAUUAUGGAAUAUAUCAGGCGAAGCUCCAAUUAAAUUAAUUUUUCGUAUCACUUGUCCUAAUAUUAUAAGUCGUAAUGCAUGGGUUGAAGAUAUAAGAUAUGCAAUCAAAGAAAAACUUCAUAAUUCUAUAGAAAGUGCAAAUAUAUCAAAAUCAAUUGUUGAAUCACAUAUUGAAGCAUAUUGGAAUUCAAAGAAACGUUUCAGUGGAAUAAUGGAACUAUCUCCAUGUCCUAGUGAAUCUAUCAAUGAAAUGUAUUUUGAUGCAAUAGAAAAUAUUCAACAAAUUAAUUCUCAAAAUAUUCAUACAACACAACUAUCACAUAUAGAGAAAUGUGAAGUGAUUAAAACUUCAUUCAAUCAAAAAUCUACUUCAUCCUCAUCGUAUUAUACUGCUGAGGAACCAAUAGAUGAGAAUGAAAAAGAUCAAUCACCAUCUACAAAACUGUUCGAAUCUUAUUCAACAUUGGAUGGUGUACAGACACCUUUUUCAGAGGAUCAACAAUCUCUUGCAGACUUCCAAAUGUCUCCUGAAAAUCGGGGAAACCAAACUCAACAAAUAACAACCACAUCUACCAAUUCGACAGGUACUGAUACCUGUGCUAAACAAUUAACAGUUAAUGCUGGUGAACAAAUUCAGUUCAAUGCAUCAUUUACUAUAACUGGUCCAGUUGCUUAUGAAACAACCUGGUAUAUGAAUGGUGCACCAAUGAAACCUGAUAUAGGCGCUGAAAUGAUAUUGUCAGAUCGUGAUACACGUUUACUUAUAUCAAAUGCUGAUCCUUUGAUACAUUCAGGAACAUAUUCAUGUCGUUGUCGUCUUUUUGAGGGCACUGAAACUGCUGUUUAUUUUUGUGUUAAUAUACUAACAGCUAAACUAGAUCAAAAUAAUACAAACGACAAUGAAUCAGAUCAACUGAAACUAACAAAUUUUAUGCAGACUAAUGUAUUUAAUCCAAUUACCAAAGAAUUAGAUUUACCAAUAGGUAAACUUUUAGAAAUUCAAGUUAAGAUUGAUGAAGAAACUGCAUUGAAACUGAUGAAUAAUAGUAAGGAAAAUAUUCAAGUUAAUUGGUAUCAAAACUCAACACUAAUUGAACCUAGUUCAACAUGUGAAAUGCUUAAAAUUAAUGACCAGUUUAUUUUACGAUCAACUACAAAUCAUUUACAACCUGAUAAGUUAUAUAAUUACACAUGUAUAUUGAGACUACCUGAAAAUUCUUCUAUGUCUCCAGCACCUAGUAUAACCAUACCAGUAAGUUUUCAUUGUCCAACGGUUAAAGAAUUAGAAACUGAAUUCAAGAAUUGUAUCGACAAGAAUAAGGUAACAGUCGAAAAUAAUCCAGUUUUUGAAGUCGAAUUAGAAGAGGAUGAUGCAUUUCAGUUAAAAAUACCUAUUCACAAUGGUUCUCAGAAUCAAGAUUUUGUUGUAUGGUGGACACAUGAAGAUGAACUUUUGACAGGUAAUCAUUUAACGUCAAACGAAAGGGAAUAUAAUUGUUCAUUUGAGCUCAAUAAACAAUCGAAUGAAAUGAUGACCAAACUUUCUAAAACUUCGACAGGAACUACCGAUUCUGGGAUAUAUAAAUGUUGGACUGUCUCACAAUCGUUGAAAGAUAAUGCCGUUAAGUGUACAAAUGUUAGAGUAAAAGUGAGACAAGAGGAAGCUAGACUGAGUGAAAAGUUAAAUGACAAAAAGAAGGAAGAAGGAGAGAAGUUGCAGGAAGAUAAGAUCAGUAUGAUCGAUGGAGUUGAAACAAACCAUCUAAGUAAGAAAGACGUAGAAAUAAACAAAGGGGUGCCCUCAAUGAAAAAGGAGGGGGAAGAAGAGGAGAGGAGAGAAGAGAAAAGUUUUAAUGGGAAGGAAGAAGAUUUGAAGAAGAGGGGAAGCGAUGUAAUGAAAAGAAAAGAAGAAAUCGUUAGACUGACACGGGAUGAAGAAGAAACUCCAAAGAAACAAGUGGAAGAGAAAGGAAAGGACAAAGAAGAAGAGGAGGAGACUGAAAUGAAACGAAAAGAUGAAGAAAAAGCUGAGAGCACACGAGGAGAGAAAGUUGAAACGAAACGAAAGGAAGAAGAAACUGUCAAGAAGGAAGAAGAAGAAGUUGAAAGGAAACGAAAAGAUGAAGAAAAAGCUGAGAGCACACGAGGAGAGAAAGUUGAAACGAAACGAAAGGAAGAAGAAACUGUCAAGAAGGAAGAAGAAGAAGUUGAAAGGAAACGAAAAGAUGAAGAAAAAGCUGAGAGCACACGAGGAGAGAAAGUUGAAACGAAACGAAAGGAAGAAGAAACUGUCAAGAAGGAAGAAGAAGAAGUUGAAAGGAAACGAAAAGAUGAAGAAAAAGCUGAGAGCACACGAGGAUUGAAAGUUGAAACGAAACGAAAGGAAGAAGAAACUGUCAAGAAGGAAGAAGAAGAAGUUGAAAGGAAACGAAAAGAUGAAGAAAAAGCUGAGAGCACACGAGGAGAGAAAGUUGAAACGAAACGAAAGGAAGAAGAAACUGUCAAGAAGGAAGAAGAAGAAGUUGAAAGGAAACGAAAAGAUGAAGAAGAAACCGAGAGCACACUAUUAGAAGUUGUCGAAUUUAGACGAAAGGAAAUUGAGGUUUCCAAAAUGAAGAAAGAAAAGGCGGAGACCGAAACGAAGUGA